GCAAUAUUUCUGUGCCGUAUGGGUUGUAUGCGUGCAUGAGAUACGAUGAGUGCUAUUGUGUAUGUAUGCUGUGUGUGUAGGAAAGAGAAGGAGAGAGAGAGAGAGAGGCAUUAGAUUACGAAGGCUACGAAAAAUGCGCCGAUUGUAGCGCGUAAUGGCUCGGAGCAGAACAGCUGAUUCCUCGACGUUGACGCAGCGGAGACUGAAGCACGGUCGUCGUCGCUUCGACGUUGUGGCGUGUCGGGUCGCAACGAAACAUCCAUUAUAUCCCGUACACGACGGCCACCGCACCUAGACAAGUGUAACAAGCGCAACUUUAUAUAUCCUGGCCCUCGUAUAACGCGGACAUUCCGGAUACCGCGAAUUAACACGGCCUGAUUCCCUCUAAGACCAAGUUGUUGCCAGUUGCUCCCGGGGAUUAUGGCCAGUCCGGUCGUCGGCACCGGGUCGUACAACUUCAAGGUGGUUUUGCUCGGCGAGGGAUGCGUUGGCAAGACCUCGGUUGCUCUCCGAUACGUCGAGGACAAGUUCAAUGACAAACAUAUCACUACGUUACAGGCAUCGUUUUUGAAUAAGAAAUUGAAUAUUAAUGGGAAAAGAGUGAACUUGGCGAUAUGGGACACAGCAGGACAAGAAAAGUUCCAUGCAUUAGGACCAAUUUAUUACAGAAUGUCCAAUGGUGCCAUUCUUGUCUACGACAUUACAGACGAAGAUACUUUUCAAAAAGUGAAAAACUGGGUGAAGGAACUGAAAAAGAUGUUAGGUAGCGAAAUUUGCUUAGUGAUAGCAGGUAAUAAAGUGGACCUGGAGAAGGAUAGAAACGUUGCCAUAGAUGAAGCGGAAGAAUACGCCAAACAGGUGGGAGCUAUGCAUUUCCACACGUCAGCCAAGUUAAACCAGAACAUCGAGGAGAUGUUCUUAGACCUGACGCGACGCAUGAUGGAACGCGCAGACGAGGCCGAGCAAAAAUCUACUCUCACGAGGACUAAUAGCACACGUCGCAAUGUUGUAAUGGUCGAGGACGAAAGUGAACAUACACAACCGAGUAGAAGUUCAUGCUGCGGCAGUGGUGGCAGUGGCAGCGGCCUUUCGUAGAUCUUUGAAAGAUUUACGAUUCAAUUUCAGACAAGGUCUAAUUUCGAAUAAUCCACGAGUUACGUAUACGGGACGAAGCAUUUCAAAAAGUCGUGACAGAUUAGUAUCUUUAAAAAUAAAUCCUCUGUGAUAAUAAUUUGUCACAUUAUGAAUGUUUCAUUUUUUUGUAUGCUUGUGUAUGCAUUAUGUAAGUGUGAAUGCGUAUGUAUACUAAUAUAUAUACAGGGUGUUUCAUUUUAAUUUCCCCAGGCAAAUAUUUCGGAAAAUAAUGAAAAUUGGAAA